CAAUCAGGGCGACUGACACGAAAUCAACAACAUAAGGUACGGGUCAUACAAGAACGAAAAACUUUAAAAUUCACGUUAUUUUUCUUUGCUUACAUUUAUAGAAUCUCCAACAGAAGAAUAGAGGAAAAGGCCGUUAUUUCUAGAUAUAGGACCGUCGUUUCCGCGUUGUGAUAUUUGCCAACAGAAGGAGAAAAAAACGCAUAAUAAAAUACACAGGAAGACAUCCAUUAUACAAGUGGUGGCUUUUUUAUUGAGGACAUUAUAAUGGUGAUGUGAUGCCUGCUUCAACGAAAAUCUAGUAUUCAUUUGGUAGGAAACUGUUCUAUUCAAAUAAUCAGGAUUAGAAUAAAGUGGGGGAAAUUAACUUUAAACAUAUUUUUCGUUCAAGAUGGAUUUUAAGUUUGCGGUGGUUAUACAUGUUAUACUUGCAUGUUUUAACGUUGGAGUAUUCGGACAAAUGCUGAUUAGAGGCAUGCCGACUGUGAACAACCUACCAGUAUCUCAAAACAGGGGAACACUGCCCCCUACCGGUGGUUCUUCCGUAAAUGGAGUUCCCGUACCCCCAGGUGGUGUAAUACCUCCGCCAAGCAACUCAUUUACAGCAGCCCCAAGUCAGUCUCCCACUCAACCACCACCAUGGCUCUCAGCUCAAAAUGGCGGAAAUAUUCCCGCCAUGCCUACAGCGCCACCUAGAUCUACUCCAACUAUUACGUUUGUUUCUGUGUCUGGAUCUUUUCCUUCUGUUUCAAUUCCAGACAAUGGAUUUGAUGAUCAUUACGUCACAAUCAAAUCGAUGUUCGAUACCUAUUACCCUAAUGUGCCCCCUCUUCGGAGGGCCGAGAAUCGACCGACUCUACAAAUUUUUCAAGGGAAUACUGGAGUAGCGGGAACGGCGGUCGUGUCCGACGAUCCGUCAACUAUAUACGUGCAAUACGCUCUGCCGCAACAAAACGCAUUGGCGUAUUUACCCUUCACGAGUGACAAUUCCAGGAGACUUUCAUACCCAGAAAAGCCAAUAUAUUUGCCAUACCCUCAGUUAGCUGUGCGUAUUCCCACCACGGGGGAAAUUUUCCCGGUCUAUAUACCGUUCCAACCCAACGAAAAUCGACGGAAAGGAGAGGAACCGGAAAUGUUCAUACCAUCCAUUGUCCCCGGAAGUAAUCUACCACUGUACGAGGCAGCAGUACCAGCCCUUCCGACCAGUGUCUCAACAAAUGCUCAGCUUCGAAGUGAAACUAACAAUGGAAACUUAUCCACGCAGCAACCUAAUUCCGGUACGAGCUCCCAGCAACAAACAACAAACCCUCAAGCAACCUCGGAUGUAAAGGUUGCAGAGCAACAAAAAGUUCCCCCUCAGAAACCUGGCCCAGAAUCUAGUAACCUAGUGAUGUCUUUAGACGGACGAUCUCCGAAAUGGACCGACCUACGUAUAACUUGGGACUACAAUUCUACAAGUCCAAGCUUCAACACAAAUCCCGCUGCUUUUUCACAACUCCCAUUAAGAGAAUCCGACGCCAUUUUAGAGGGAUUCACAAUGCUGACUGACUGUACAGGAUCAGUCAACUUUAUUGGUAAGCGCUAUUGGAGAAACAACGACCCAGCUGUUAUACUUAUUUACGAUUCCCAGGGCCUUAUCGCGGGACUUCAAACAGGGAUCCCAGAUAAUCUGUCCAAUGGCUAUCCGACGAGAAAUCUGAAACCCCGCCCUUUUGUCCAGGAAGGAAAUUUACUCUUCGUUACAGCGUACUUCAUGGAACCUUCUAAAAUAUGUGCCUCUACGAGAACCGAGACACAGCUGGUUUCUGAGGGGAUAGGAACAGGACUGUAUUUCCAGAAUGGACCCGAUCCCAUGUCUGAUUCCGUGCCUGUACCGACAGACGAAACUACCAUUCAGGAGACCCUCUGGGGCCAGGGACAGUGUUUGCCCAGAUUAGGUAACCAGUAUCAUUUCAAUGUGCGACGAGAUAUGUACUGUGAGGAAAUGGCGCCGUUUUACUUGAUGUACGACAGGGGUAAACUGGUGGCCUUUGCUUGGUUCUUUGUGUCUGACAUUCAGUCACCCGUAUUUGAGAAAAUCCCACCAACGAUGUAUUCAAAAAUGUUCCAGACAGUACCGGAAUGUUUAUACAACAUGGGCCAAGUGACCACACUUCACGUAUUCCUGACAAACCAAUACAACGAAAUAAGUUGUUGAGCAACUGGAAUAAAACAAUUAUAUAUUUAAACCUUUGGAUGUUACUUUGAAGGAAGACAGUAAACAUGUACCAUGUACAGGCAUAUUAAUAAAAA